UCGAAGAUGCCUUCCAUCAACAAGACCAUCCUCAUCCUGGCCGCCCUCCAGGCUUUUACUGCUAUCGCAGCUCCCAUUCCUCAGCUCGCUGGUGAAGGCUCCGCUUGCAACUCUCUUCUGAGCAGCACCGACAAUGGUGUUGGCUACGGUGUCGAGAACGCCGAGGACAACAUUGCCUCCUCCAUCAGCAAAGUAGGCCGUCGCCAAUUGGCUGGUGAAGGCGCUGCCUGCGACUCUAUCCUCAGCAGCACUGACAAUGGUGUUGGAUAUGGUGUCGAGAAUGCCGAAGACAACACUGCUGCCCUACUUGGCGGAACCACUUCCAGCACCACUACUGGCUCAGGAAGCGGUGCUGCUGCUCCCGCACCUGCACCUGCACCUGCACCUGCACCUGCACCUGCGCCUAAGAAGGGACCCAAGGCCAAGCGUCAAGGCGAUAAGAUUGCCAACGGUCUCGCCGAUGUCCUCAGUGCUGCCCAACUGGGCCAAGUCGCUGAUGUCGAGAAGAAUGUUGGUGACAAUGCCGACAGUGAGCUCACCAGCGGUGUCGCCAACCUCGGCGCUGAAUUCGGUAGUGCCGAAGAGUCUACCCUCGAGGGUGCUGGCAAGGCUAUCCCCAAGGUCAAGCGCCAAGGAGAUAAGAUCGCCAAUGGUCUUGCCAACAUCAUCUCCGCUACUGGUCAGAACGACCUCGCAGAGAUUGAGAAGAGCAAUGGUGACACCCUUGAUGGUCAACUCACCAGUGAUGCUGCCAACCUCGGCGCCCAGGUUGGUGCCUACGAGGAGAAGACUCUUGAAAACGCUGGCAAGAUGAUUCCCAAGUGA